CUCAACUCCGCAAUCUCCGCAGUCCGUAUUACUGGGUGCGAGCAGCAGUGAGUGUGUGUGUUUGCGUUGUAAAGGGAGCUGCUAAAGCACACAAGAGCAGCAGCUGUAAAAUUAGAUAAACAGAAGGUUAUUGCGUUGGAGUGAAAUAUACGUCGUUGGGUUGACAGCGGACGCUUGACGAGUUGCAGCGAGAGCAGCAUGUGAGGCGCCUGGCCCGAUCAUGGACGCAAGAAGGUGAAAUUAAUCGCUGCAUUUUUUGGAAAUACCAAUUGUCGACCACCCAGCCAUGGCAAGCAGCAACAGCGGCAGCAGCCUUGGCAAAGGUGGAAAGGGAAUCCUUGAUCUGCGCUUCAACCAAGACCAAGGCUGUUUUGUUUGCUGCAUGGAAGACGGGCUGAGGGUUUACAAUGUGGAGCCACUCGUGGAAAAAGCACAUUACGGGAUUAACGUGGUUGGCAGCGUCGGCCACUGUGAUAUGCUGCAAAGGACCAAUCUGCUGGCCUUCUGCUCAGGUUCGCCCCGGCCUAAGUACGCCAACAACACCGUCCUGGUUUAUGAUGACAACACCAAGAAAUUUGUCCUCGAGUUCACUUUCCCAGCGCCCAUAAAGGCCAUCAGACUGAGACGAGACAAGCUCGUCGUUGCCCUUCAGAGGCAGAUCCACGUGUUUUCCUUCCCGGAGCCGGCACAGCGGCUGAUGACCCUUGAAACGCGGGACAACCCCUUCGGCCUGUGCGAGCUGGCGGCGCUGAUGACCGCAGAGAAGCAGCUGCUGGUUAUCCCUGGCCAUAAGCUAGGCAGCAUCCAGCUGCUGGACCUGGCCGGUGUCGAGAGGCAGGCCUGCUCCAGCGCGCCGGUCACCAUCAAUGCGCACCAGGGCGAGCUGGCGUGCUUGGCGGUCAACACUCAGGGCUCGAUGGUGGCCACUGCCUCUAACAAGGGCACCCUCAUCAGAGUGUGGGACGUGGCCAAGAAGAGUCAGCUCGUCGAGCUCAGGAGGGGCUCGGAUCCCGCCAUGCUGUAUUGUAUAAACUUCAGCCCGGACUCUGAAUAUUUAUGCUGCUCUAGCGACAAGGGAACAAUCCAUAUAUUUGCUCUGAAGAACACGAACCUAAACAGACGAUCUUCAUUUUCCAAUUUGACUUUCCUAGGCAACUAUGUCGAAUCGCAGUGGGCACUAGCAAACUUCACGGUGCCGCCUGAAUGCGCGUGCGUUUGUGCCUUUGGAUCUCGUAGCACAGUCAUAGCGAUCUGCUUAGACGGCACUUUCCACAAAUACUCCUUCACGAAUGAGGGGAGCUGCCACCGACAGGCCUUUGACAUUUUCCUUGACAUUUGCGAAGACGAAGACUAUUUAAGUUAGAAUUCUUAAGUAAAGUGAUAUUCUAGAGCGCAGCAAAUCACCAAGUGUGGUUUUGUAAAUACGUGAGGUCUGCCUGGUGGAUUUGGGAGCUAAAAUCUAGUCAGCAAAUUAUUAUAUAUAUUUAUUACCAAGAGUGCACAGUUGCUGAUAACCAGUCCUCAAUAGCCAACUCUCACCGUUCAAAAUUGUACAUUUUUGAGUGACUGCAAUUGCUCAAAUUUUGCAUUUAAUCUCCGGAAAUUGAAUGAUAAGCUGAAUAUCAUAGAAAUGACCCAUUUUACUAGACGCUGAAAUUCGUUUUGACCAAAAUUCAGAAGUUGUGCUAUUUUAGCACUGUAAAUUUGUUUGUGUGAAUGGGUUUUAGUACUUAAUUUAGGAUUAUUAUUGGAAAUGUGAUGAUUUUAUACUAUUACUGUUAUGCUGAUGUUAUUCUCACUUCGUUUUAAUCAAUCAACUUACAAUAAAAAUGUAACCUGACAGAAUGGUUUGUAUAGUA